AGCUGACAAGCACCCACUGCUUUUCAUCGUGCUGGUUUGUGUUUUUUGCAGGCAAUGAGUGACAGUGAGCAGGACUGGCUGGCUCUGAGGCCGCAGGAACCUUCUCCAUCCCAGUGCUGCGGCAGCGGCUGCAAGCCCUGCAUCUACGAUGUGUACGAGAAGGAGCUCGCACAGUGGGAGAGAGCCAAAGCAAUGCAAGACAAAAGCCUUCUCAUGGGAAAAAAGGAGCAGAGCAGUAAUUCAGAGCUGAAUCCAGAUACAUUCACUGCAUUCAGCGUGAGCUCGGUGGAGCAGCUGACAGAGGACACCUACCAGUACAAAUUUGAAUUACCAGGAAAGAGCAGCCUGCGAUUGAGUUUAGGACAACAUAUCGUGUUAAGAGGAGUGGUGAAUGGUUUGGAGGUCCAGAGAGCCUAUACUCCAAUUAGCCCCAGGAAUGCAGAAGGUUACUUUGAAGUUCUAAUUAAAUGCUAUGAAGCUGGGCUAAUGUCACAAUACAUAAAAACGUGGAAAAGAGGAGACGUGGUCUUUUGGCGUGGGCCGUUUGGAGGGUUCCCAUAUCAGCCUAAUAAGCAUGGAGAACUCCUCAUGCUGGCCUCAGGCACCGGCCUUGCACCAAUGAUUCCCAUCCUCCAGUCCAUAACAGAUGAUGAAGAGGAUGAAACCUUUGUAACUCUUGUUGGCUGCUUCCCUACCUUUGACAAAAUUUAUUUAAAACCUCUUCUUCAGGAUUUGGCUCGGUACUGGAAUAUCAGAAUAUUUUAUGUCCUAAGCCAGGAAUCUUCGCUGGAAAAACUUCCUCAGAGCUAUCAGGAAAACACGUACACUGGUCAUCUCAAUGAAGACCUGAUGAAGACAAUAGUAAAUUCCUGUCGAAGAAAGCCAUUUGUAUUAAUUUGUGGCUCGUCUGCAUUCAAUGAAGAUAUGAGUAGAUACUUGAAAACUGCAGGAAUUGAAGAAGACUCCUGUUUUGUCUUUUAGCAGUACAUUCCUGACCUGAGGAACCUUAGGCUGAGCCUUGGAUGUCCUUAUUUCUUUGCAGACAUUGCACAAAAUGAGCCUGCUCAGAAGACUGAGCUCCUUGGAGCAACUAUUUGUUGAUGCUCACUUCGGGGUGUUUUAAGGAACAGGUGCCAUUCCAGAGUGGCUGGUACAUGGUAUGCCACUCAUGGCAAUUUUAAUGGAAGUAUUCAAGUGCAAUUUUAAGAGAUAGAUCUCUUAAGGGGAUAUUAGAAAGUAUCCAUGCAUACAGCUGUGCUGUAAUAUGAAGAUUAGUGACUUGCUUUGCAGUUCAUGUUAUUCUGCAGUGAUGUUGUGUCCUAUUAGGUGUCCAGAGGAGAGAAUCUUCAGGGAUCCUUGCCAGGCCAAGGGGACAGCAGAGUUGGGAUCAUUUUGGUUCUGUCAUGUGCAGGCUGGUGUCAGGCAAGUCCCCUCAACCUCACUGUGCCUCAGUUGCCCAUUGUACACUAAUACAGAGAAGGUGGCACUGGUCUCUGAGAACAGGCAUUCCAACUAUAUAUGGAAAAACUAUCCAUAAGGAUGGAAUGGUACAUUUUGUCUGGUGAGAACUGAGGCAGGCUGAGCUCCUGCCCUGGCACAGCCUGUGUUACCUACCCUGUGCUUAGCCCUUGAAAUGCUGCCUGGGGAGACGAGCACAUCCUAAAACUGGGACAGCAUGGCUGAGUUGUGGCUGCUGUCUGUCAGGGAGGAUGGUUGUUUGCUUUCCAUGUCCCCUAAGUGUUGUAUCAUAGCCCUGGCUCAUUAAAUUGAACCUCUUUACAAGUAA